CGCUUCAAAACGUGUAAAACAAACCCCUGACCGGUUCUCUCACGCUCUCAGCAGCGCCGGAGCGCGCACUCCCGGGACGCGAGAACACCUUCCCCUUCCGAAGGGACAGUGCCCUCUCGGGCACGGACAUGGCGAGCGUCCCCUCGGGGAAGGGCGGGAAGCCGCAUCACGCGCCAGCCAACCACCCUGCUGCACCUCAGGCGCGCGCUGCGCCCGGCCAUGCCCCGCCCCGCCCCGCCCGAGGCGCGCCGCACUGGGCACCGCCGGGCCGGGCCGGGCUUGAGGCCUGCCGCACCGGGCCGUGCCUCGCCGCGCCUCAGGUGCUCCGCCGCGGCUGCGCUCGGCGCGUCCUUCCGGGCGGGAGCGCCGCCCCGGGCGGCCCGAUAACUCGCAGCCGCUGGGGAGGCAGGAGCGGGGCGAUGUCGGAGCCGGUGCGGAGCGCGCCGGGGUCCCUGCCCCUCAGCCGCCUGGCGGAGCCGCUGCUCCGGAGGCUCAGCGAGCUGCUGGACCGAGCGGUGCCUGGCAAGGGCUGGCGGGACCUGGCGCAGCGAGCGGGGAGCCGCGGCAGGGUCCGGCUGAGCCCUCUGGAUUUAGAACAGUGUUCCCUCAAAGUGCUGGAGCCAGAAGGAAGUCCCAGCUGGAGUCUCCUGAAACUCCUGGGAGAUCGGGGUUGCACUGUGGUGGAGCUUGUGGAGUUCUUGCAGGCCCUGGAGCAUACGGAGGCUCUCCAGUGUCUCAGCCAUUCAGGUAUAAAGAUUGUUGUACAGCCCGACUCUCAAGCAGUGCUCUCUGGUCAGGUCGUCAAGCUGUGUUGUUGGGCAACAGGACACCCGUUUGUGCAUUACCAGUGGUUCAAACAGGAAAAAGAGGUUCCCCAUGGUAAUUCCCCGGAGCUGGUUUUGAAUCCGGUGAAUGUAAAUGAUUCUGGCUUUUACAUCUGCCGAGUGAACAGCGAAUCUUCCUUUGUGUUCAGUCGGUGGGCACGACUUGAAGUUUGUGAUCUUCAGGGUACAUCUCAUGGGAGCUUAAUUGGUUUGCCUGAAAACAAGUUACGCAUUUGUGUUCAGCCUCAGCCACAAAACCUGACAGUGGGGGAUGCUUUGGUACUAGAAUGUGGAGCUGUUGGAAACCCAAUUCCUCACUACCAGUGGUUCAGAAAUGGAUUUCCCUUGGCAAAUGGGAGCAAAAAUGUCUACAUGAUAACUUAUGUGGAUGUGGAACAUCAGGGGACAUAUUGGUGUCACGUAUACAAUGACCAGGAAGAUCAAGACAGCAAGAAGAUAGAAGUCAUUAUAGGAAGGAAAGCUAUGGCAGUGGAGUGCACAGAAGAAGAUCUAAGUGAUUUUCAAAAAUCAGCAGACCUACAAGAACAAUCCCAUCACAGACCUGUUGCAACAGACAAGGUAGCUUUGCUAAUAGGAAAUAUGAGCUACUGGAAUCACCCCCAGCUCAAGGCUCCGAUGGUAGAUGUCUAUGAAUUGACUAAUUUGCUAAGGCAGCUGGAUUUCAAAGUUGUUUCUUUGCUGGAUCUUACUGAGUCCGAGAUGCGAAAUGCAGUGGAUGAAUUUUUACUUCUCCUGGACAAAGGAGUAUACGGUUUGUUAUACUACGCUGGCCAUGGCUACGAAAACUAUGGAAACAGUUUCAUGGUUCCUAUUGACGCUCCAAACCCCUACCGAUCUGCAAACUGUCUGUGUGUGCAGAACAUCCUCAAACGAAUGCAGGAAAAAGAGACGGGACUGAAUGUCUUCCUCCUGGAUAUGUGUCGGAAAAGAAACGAAUAUGAUGACACAAUUCUUAUCUUAGAUGCUCUGAAGGUUACGGCCAACAUUGUUUUUGGAUAUGCAACGUGCCAAGGAGCAGAAGCUUUUGAAAUUCAGCAGUCGGGGCUGGCCAAUGGAAUCUUCAUGAAGUUCUUGAAGGACCGUUUGUUAGAAGACAAGAAGAUUACUGUGCUGCUUGAUGAGGUUGCAGAAGAUAUGGGCAAAUGUCACCUUACCAGAGGCAAGCAAGCUUUGGAGAUCCGCAGCAGUUUGUCUGAGAAAAGGGCAUUAACUGAUCCCAUUCAACAAACCGUAUCUUCUGCAGAGUCUCUGGCACGGAACCUACAGUGGGCCAAAGCUCAUGAGCUUCCAGAAAGUAUGUAUCUUGAAUUCAAAUGUGGUGUUCAGAUUCAGUUGGGCUUUGCAGCCGAAUUUUCCAAUGUCAUGAUAAUUUACACGCGAAUAGUAAAGAAGCCACCUGAAAUAGUAGUUUGCAGAGCCUACGUUACAGACUUUGCGCUCGACCUGGAUGUGGAUCCUAAAGAGGCCAAUAAAGGAACUCCCGAGGAAACUGGAAGCUAUUUAGUAUCAAAGGACCUUCCCAAACACUGCCUCUACACCAGGCUGAGUUCACUGCAAAAACUAAGGGAACACUUGAUCUUCACUGUUUGCUUGCACUAUGAGUAUCCGGGAAUAGAAGAUACAAUGGAUGAAAGAAAGGAAGUGAAUGUUGGGAAGCCCCUUAUUGCUAAAUUAGGCCUUCAUCAUGGAUUCAAAAAUAACAACUGUCUCCAGACCUGUUGCAUGGCUAAUAAUCCUUUCCAUAAUCAAAUCGAAGCAAGUCCAGUGGCAACUAAAUACUAUGUUCCCAGUCAUGGCCAACCAAAUUCCUGUCCAGGCGUUUACCAGCCGAACCGUGUUUGCCCAGAUAGCGUGCAACAGCCAGGGGCAUGUCCUUGCAAUGGGACUUCAAGGAUAUUAGCUUCAAGACAUGAAGUACGGAAUUACUUCCCCGCUGUGGAAAAGAGUAAUGUACCAGUAGAGACCACUGACGAUACUGUUGAACUGGAAUUCCUUCUCUCUGACAGCCUCAGAUUCUCCAAACAGCAGUAGCUGUGAUGUGUUCGGAACAGACCAGAGGAUCAUUGCGGAACGGGGGACCUUCCCCACUGCUUAUCUGCCUUCUGGAGUUUGGGGGCUUCAGGACAAAGGGGCUGGAGAGUCUGGAGAUGGUACUGGGAAUGAGGUUACGAUGAACGUUUUUCAGAUCCAAAGAGACAAAGCUGGACUGAUGGAUUUGGGAAUGGAAGAGGCAUGAUUUUUAAUUUUUUCUCCUAUUUGAUGUUUGAUACAGGGAAAAACCUGAACUUGCCAGAGUUGCUUGUUCCAUUCUCCAGCAGUCAAGCAGCUGACGAACAGAGGCAAUCCUGCGUUUCUGGGAGGAAGCUGCCUGCCGCUGUUAGGGGAUGAAUGCGUAACAGCCUGGCUGUGGUGUCAAAGGUUCUCUUGAGAUAGUAAAGCCUUGCAUCUUCCCAGCUGCUUCUCCAGUACCUAUUGGACUUAAAAGAUUUACUGUAAAUGUAUGUUUCAUAAAUCUUCUGUUUUCAGAGGGGAAUUGCUCAUCCUAUGCAAAACCAAGACAAACAGGUAUAGCUGUCAGAGGAAAAAAUGUUGACAGAAUUAUGCAGCAAAAUUAAUUUCUAUGUCCUCUAUGAUUUAACAUGGUUUUUAAAAAUCCAUUAGCCCCAAAAUGAUAAAGAUUCCUUUCUCUCUCCUGUCUUUCAGUUUCGGUUGUUCAAUACCCAGGGAUUUCUUUUUAGAUACUGCAUUAAAGUAAGGUUUUAUGUAUUUAUAUAUGUUUUAACAGCCUCCUAUUUGAGUAUAUAAGAUAGCACAUAAUGUAAAUGAACUCAGUGAAGAGGGAGCUUUUACAGAAGUGAAGAUAUUGUGUUUUAAUAUUCCAGUGUUAAGAAUACGUCUCUUUCAAGCCCCAGUUUCUUUGCUUCCUGGUGUAUGUAUUGGGAUCAGUCGCAGACAUUCCAGUCCCUUGGAGGUAGCCAAUAAUCAGCUUUGACUGCGUUCUCCUCUCACGGGCACAUGUCCGGUGCCGGGCAGCAGCUGGCAGAUGGGUGAAGAGCUGUGCAAGGAAACAGAACCUGAACCACGAUAGUAAAAUAAUGUUAUCACUUUUUUCUUUUUUUCUUUGGGGGGUUGGUUUUUUUUUUUUUUUGAGAACUAGAUGACAAAUCGUCAGAGGGAGCAAAGUCACAGGUUCAUACCGUGGUGGAUUGUUCUGAUUAUGACAAUCUUUCUCUUAUGUAAUGUACUUAAGACUUUUGCUGAUGAGAUUUCUGGAAGGGGGUGGUCUUUUCAUGGUCUGGAAGAACACUAAAUGGAAAUGUGAGGGAAAAGUGCCUGUUCAUAACAAGCAAAGUAUUGUGUGGGUAGUCAUGCAGUAAGACAUGCUGAAGGCUGAAAUUGGAUGGGUAAGAGGAGUGAGAACUUCAGGGUUCUUCAGGCCAAAGUACAGGGAUGGUACAGCAAUGGUACAGGGGCACCAGCCAUUGCUUUUCUGGGGCCAUCGGGAGGGGGGGAAGAAAAAAAACCAAACCUGAACAAACCAUCCUCAGCUGUUUUCCAGGCCAAAUGAAUUUGUAGUGAUUGAAAUAAAAAUGCUAGAAGUCUGCCCUAAAACUGUGAAAAUCCAAGAUAAAGAUUCCAGCACACGCAGACUUACAAAGGAUAAAGCCACUUUAAGUGCAGUCUGCCGAAGGCGAGGGACGCUCGCUUCAUGUCGCGACCCGACACGCCAUAUGUAGCCCUGCGUGUGCCAACACAUUGGCUCUGGAGCUCAUCCCUCCCCAGACAAGACGCCAAAAGUAGCAGCCUCCCAAGCCCAGCAUCUCGCCAUUGCAGGCAGAGGUGCAGCUCCUUCUCCGAAAGCCAGCGGAGCUGCUGUCACGUGCUGCUUUACUGCUUCGGUGGACACGGGAACAGACAGACCUGGCCUGGGCUAGCUGCCGAACCCCUUAGAUGUUGCAAAGUUUUUUCAUCUGCCUUCAGGAAAGGGCAGUUUGCUCACCAAGCUGGUUUGCAUAUUCAGGUUGAAUACUUUGGUCAAAAAAUACGCAUAAGUUUUUUUUGAUGUUUGGUUUUGUUCCAGAAUGCUGAAGAAUCUGUGACUUGCUUUUGUGUGCCUGGGGUCAGGUGAGAGAACACUGAUGUUUUAUUAGGUCUUUAAAAGUCUUGAUGCCAUGAAAUCUUGAAAAUACUGGGGUGUGAGGUAAUUAAAAUUCAAGGGAAUUUUCAGAUAUGUCUAGCAGCCUUUCCUGCCCAGGAAGUACUGAUAAGCAGUAUUGCUUUAAUUAAAAUCCCCCUCAUGAAAUAACUUUUUUUACUCUAGAAAAAUUAUGGUAGCGCUCUUCAUUAAGUAGGCAGCAAAAAAUACAGUAAUGGAACCUCACUGAGGUGGUGGACAAAGCAGUUUAAAUCUCCAGUUGAGAUCCGCCCUUCUGGUGGGCUCCGUGGGCCCGGCAGCAGGCUGCCUGGGGGCCGAGGAGGUGCCGCACGCGGCCGGAGCGAGCGUCGGUGGGCACGGUAACGCGUUAUUGACUGCGUCUGCUCAUCUUCACCUUCGUCUCCGCUGGAAGGUGGAUAUAUGUACCUGGACUUUAACGUAGUUAUUUCCAAAAGGACAGCCAUGCUUGAAGACAUCUGCAAAUGAGCUUGAGUUUCUGCCUUUCUCCUUUGGAGGGUAUUAAACAGCGAAGUAUUUAUUGAUGAAUGAGACCUUACCUGUGCAUUAAUUAUCCUGUGUAAUUGACUUAUAAAUCAAAAAUUAAAGCUUGAGAUAUGAUCUAGUACUGUAAUAUUUAGCUGAUACUUUGUCACAGUUUUCUAAUUUGUGUAAAAACUUAUUCUGUUUUUUACUUCGUAAUAAACUGUUCUCUACA